CUCAAACUCUGAAAUGUGUUGAGGCACUAUAAAAAGAGUGUUGCUUAACGUGUGCAGAGUGCAUUUUGGUCACCGCUGAGCAGGGUGGGAUUUACAGGGCAGGGCUUUUAGAUCAGAGUGUGCAAUUUUGUGAAGCCUUGGCACUUUUCGCUGUAGAGGUUAAGUCUUCCCAAGUGGAGGUCAUAAAUUAGCACAACUAGAUAGGCCUCGCUGUACCAGCAUGGCUGUAGACAAUUAUGUUCCCUUUCACCCAGUAGUGCUUGUUUGUGAACAUCUGUUACCAACUCCAGAAAUGCUUGAUAUUUCCUCUGAUUUCAACUCUCUCAUUCCCCCCAUAGCAGUAACAUUCUGGCUUGGAGGGGGGAAAAAGCUCUUUGAGAUGGAGUGUGAAGACCCAGGUCGUGUGGAGAUCCACAACUCAGAUGAUGGUGGGAUUGUACGGAGAGUCUACGUAGCUGACAAAGGUGAAGUUGAUCUGGAGCAAGAGACCAUCCAAUCCAGCAUUCAGCAUGGACAGUCCAACUGGAAGGCAAACUCCCAGCAGGAAGGAUCAGCAGUGGACCGGCAGGGGAGCCCGCUAGCCCCUGGCAGCUAUGGCGAGGGCGAGGCGGGGGUAGCCGCUGCAGUGGUCUCCCGCUCCACCAAGCAGCGCCCCUUCAUCUGCAACGAGUGCGGCAAGAGCUUCAGCCACUGGUCGAAGCUGCUGCGGCACCAGCGCACGCACACCGGCGAGCGGCCUAGCACCUGCACCGACUGCGGCAAGAGCUUCUCGCAGAACUCACACCUGGUGCAGCACCGGCGCACGCACACCGGUGAAAAGCCCUACGUCUGCCGGGACUGCGGCAAGAGCUUCAGCUGGAGCUCCAAUCUCAUCCAGCACCAGCGCAUACACACGGGAGAGCGCCCUUACACGUGCGGGGACUGCGGGCGCAGCUUCACCCAAAGCAAGAACCUGGCCAAGCACCGGAGGACGCACACGGGUGCCCGGCCGUUCCGCUGCCCCGAGUGCGGUCGGGGCUUUGCGCACACGGCCGGCCUGGUCAAACACCAGCGCCUGCGCCACGACACGGACUCCCCCAUCGGGCACCCUUGCCCGGAAUGUGGGCAGCGCUUCCGGGCACCUUCCGAGGUGGAGCGCCACCGCGUGGCUCACCACGGCGUCGCCCCCUCAGAGCCCUUCAUCUGCGUGGAGUGCGGAGAGUGUUUCACCAAGAGAACCACGCUCAUCCGCCACAAGAGAGUGCACAAGCCCAUCUUUGUGCGUUGAGGUUUUUCGUCCCCCAUGUGUGGGAUGGGAAUUCCAAAUGUCUGUGCCCAGGCUUGCAGCCUGAAGACUACAGGUUGGGGUCAGAGGUGACUCUGGGCUGCAACCUGGGUGUCGCUUGACCAGGUCAAGGGCCCUGAUGGGGCCAACAUGCAAAAUCCACUGGGUGUUGACGAGGAGGAGGAGGAGAUGGAGGGAAGAAGAAGAGAAGACUGGGCUCAGAGCUUGGACUUCAGGCCUUUGUCAGGAGUGAGACUGGUUGGAGCCCAGAUGUCGAACUGCCUGUGGGGCAGAAUGAAAGUGGAGCACAACUAACUCACCUGCUGAGAAUCUACAGGCCCUGGACCCUCCUCCUGUACAUACAAUAUGUGUGUGGGGGGGGGAUUCUUUAGUU